AUGCGGAAGGUGCUCACUAAAUGCCUGCCGAUGGAAGCUGGGGGCCAACUGGGACGAAGCCCAAGCAGCUGCAUGGCUACUGCUAGCCCCGUUGGAGAGGCUGAGGGUGGAAUCCAAAACUGGGAGGAGAAGGAGGAGAAAGAGGAAGAGAAAGAGGGGGCAGCAGUGGCUGUCCUGAUGGCUGAGGGAGCUCUGAAUCCCCCUGGGGAUCAGCUGUCCCAGAGGAGGAAGGAAGCCCAGGAUGGGGGCCCCCAGGGGAUCAAGUUGGAGUUACACCCGCUGCUGAACAGGUGGGCUCUAUGGUUCUUCAAGAAUGACCGCAGCCGAGCCUGGCAGGACAACCUGCAUCUGGUCACCAAGUUUGACACCGUGGAGGACUUUUGGGCGAUGUACAGUCACAUCCAGCUGGCCAGUAAGCUCUCUUCUGGCUGUGACUACGCCCUGUUCAAGGAUGGCAUUGAGCCCAUGUGGGAAGAUAGCAGGAAUAAGAGGGGUGGCCGCUGGCUGGUCAGUCUUGCCAAGCAGCAGCGUCACAGUGAGCUGGACCGCCUGUGGCUGGAGACCCUGCUCUGUCUGAUCGGGGAGAGCUUUGAGGAGCACAGCCGGGAGGUGUGUGGGGCUGUCAUCAACAUCCGAACCAAGGGAGACAAGAUUGCUGUGUGGACCAGGGAGGCAGAGAACCAGGCGGGCGUGCUGCACAUUGGGCGUGUGUACAAAGAGCGCCUGGGCCUCUCCACGAAGAUCGUCAUUGGGUACCAGGCCCAUGCAGACACUGCCACCAAGAGCAACUCCCUAGCCAAGAAUAAGUUUGUGGUGUGA